UCCCAUCGUACAUUUGUAGUUCUGCUUGAUCAAUGGGCUAUUAAUUUAUGAAUGUGCACUAACUCCUCGAAGAUUUUUGUGUAUGUACAAGAUCUUCAAUUUUUUCAAGCAAAACAUUUGGUCGAUCUUUGCAUAACGCUAUCUUGUAGGAGAUUCGAGUUCGUUUUACGUCGAUCUUUUGUGAUGGAAGGCAAAUCAGAACGCAAAAGCAAUGCAAAAGUUAUUGCUUUAAGAGAAAUUGAAGUCGAGAUUCAGAAGUCAUGGAAAGAGAAAAAAAUUUUUGAGGUGGAUGCACCUGAGUUGAAUUCUGAAGAAGCUAAAAGGAAACAAAAGUACUUUGUUACAUUUCCAUAUCCUUACAUGAAUGGCUGUCUUCAUUUGGGACAUACAUACUCAAUGUCUAAGUGUGAGUUUGCAGUUGGCUAUCAGCGCAUGCAAGGCAAAGCAUGCUUAUUUCCAUUUGGAUUUCAUUGUACUGGGAUGCCAAUAAAGGCAUGCGCAGAUAAAUUGCAGCGUGAAAUUGCUGACUUUGGGUGUCCUCCCAAGUUUCCUGAAGAGACAGAACCGGCUGAAGAAAAGCAGGUGAAAAGUAAAGUAGCUGCAAAAACUGGCAAGGCAAAUUACCAAUGGCAGAUCAUGCAGAACAUGGGUUUGGAUGACGAUAGUAUCAAAAAUUUUGCUGAUGCUGACUUUUGGUUAAGAUAUUUCCCUCCCGUGGCUAUGAGGGAUCUUCAAAGUAUGGGAGUGAAGGUUGACUGGAGGCGUUCCUUCAUUACCACUGAUGUUAAUCCUUACUAUGAUUCUUUUGUGCGAUGGCAUUUUCUAACCUUAAAAGAUCGAGGAAAGGUGAAAUUUGGCAAAAGAUAUACGAUAUUUUCACCCAAGGAUAACCAACCCUGUAUGGACCAUGAUCGACUGAGUGGAGAGGGUGUCGGUCCUCAAGAGUAUACAAUCAUUAAGAUGAAAGUAAUCGAGCCCUUUAAAGAGAAACUCGGUUCGUUAUCGGGAAGAGAUGUUUAUUUGGUUGCAGCCACAUUGCGUCCAGAGACAAUGUAUGGCCAAACGAACUGCUUCGUGAGGCCAGAUAUGAAGUACAUUGCUUUUGAAACCGUGCACAAAGAGAUUUUCAUAUGUACAAGGAGAGCCGCUCAAAACAUGUCUUAUCAAGGAUUUACUGCCGACGAAGGAAAAUACGAAGUUUUAAUAGAACUUACUGGGCAGGAUAUCAUGGGUCUUCCAUUGAAAGCCCCUCUUACGUCGUGUCCUGUCAUCUAUACAUUGCCAAUGCUUAAUAUUAAAGAGGAUAAAGGUACUGGUAUAGUUACAUCUGUUCCUUCUGAUGCACCAGAUGAUUUUGCUGCACUUAGAGAUCUCAAAUCUAAAGAGGCAUUUCGUAAAAAGUAUGGUGUUACAGAUGAAAUGGUUCUACCAUAUGAUCCCAUACCCAUCAUCGAAGUACCAGACUUUGGUAACCUUGCUGCGGUAAAGAUAUGCGAGGAUAUGAAAAUCAAGAGUCAAAAUGAGCGAGAUCGUCUUGACGAAGCUAAACAAAUAACGUACAAGAAAGGAUUUUAUGAAGGCGUUAUGUUGGUUGGUGAUUUCAAAGGCUUUUUUGUUCACGAGGCCAAGAAACUCGUGCAAGAUCAAAUGAUUAAGCAGAAUGAAGCCGUACUUUACAUGGAACCCGAGAAGACCAUUGUCUCACGUUCUGGCGAUCAAUGUGUUGUGGCUCUCUGUGAUCAAUGGUAUUUGGAUUAUGGUGAUUCCGAUUGGAAAAACAAGACAAGAAAGGCUUUAGAAAAAUUGAAUACAUAUGUGGAAGAGAGUCGAAGAAAUUUUGAAGCGACCCUUGAUUGGUUACACGAGCAUGCCUGCUCAAGAUCGUAUGGCUUAGGCACAAAAUUACCAUGGGACGAGCAGUAUUUGAUCGAAUCUUUGUCAGAUUCAACAAUAUACAUGGCUUACUAUUCCGUGGCAUAUCUUCUUCAAGGCGGUGUAUUAGAUGGCUCGGUACCUGGUCCUCUUGGUAUUAAACCAGAACAGAUGACUAAAGAAGUUUGGGAUUAUAUAUUUUUUCAAAAUGCCGCGAAACCUACAACGGACAUUCCUAUGGCGUCUUUAACAAAGCUUCGUCAGGAAUUUCAUUAUUGGUAUCCUGUGGAUGUUCGCGUAUCUGGAAAGGAUCUGAUACCAAAUCAUUUAACCUUUUUUCUCUACAACCAUUGUGCUAUUUGGAAGGAUGAACCAGAAAGAUGGCCUGUCAGUGUGCGAGCAAAUGGCCACAUCUUGCUUAACUCCGAAAAGAUGUCCAAGUCUACUGGAAAUUUUUUGACUUUGGAACAAGCUGUGAAAAAGUUCUCCGCCGAUGGUUUGCGUUUAGCCCUUGCCGAUGCUGGCGAUACAAUUGAAGACGCCAAUUUUGUCGAGAAAAUGGCAGAUGGUGGUAUUUUGCGACUGUAUACAUUUCUGGAGUGGGUUAAGGAAAUGAUUGAACUGAAAGAUAAUCUUAGAGUUGACUCGAUGGAAUCAUUUCAAGACUUGGUUUUCAUAAAUGAAAUAAACAAUACCAUUGCUAAGUCGAAGGAAAACUACGAGAACAUGCUUUAUCGAGAAGUUGUUAAAUCGUCAUUCUUCGAGUUCCAAGCUGCUCGAGAUCGCUAUCGAGAAAUGUCGAUGAACGGAAUGCACCGCGAACUUGUGUUUCGAUUUAUAGAGGUUCAGGUGUUGAUGCUUGCGCCUAUAUGUCCUCAUAUUUGUGAACAUAUCUGGAGAUUGAUUGGUCACGAGGACAGCAUCAUGUUUGCGUCUUGGCCUCAACAUCAGGAGGUGAACAAAUCCUACUUAAAAGCAUCGUCGUACAUUGCUGAUUCAGCACACGAAUUUCGCCUAAGGAUCAAAUCCAUGAUGACGUCGAGAGGAAAAAAGAACGCUACUCCCGCAGUCCAACCAACGAAGGGCAUUAUUUAUAUUGCUGACUCGUUUCCGUCAUGGCAAGAGCUUACAUUGAAAAAGUUGAAGGAAAUGUAUGAAAUAAACGGUGGAUCAUUUCCUGAUAAUCGAGAAAUCGUUAAGGCAAUGAAAGAUAUUCCAGAGGUUCAGAAUUACAUGAAGAAACUUAUGCCGUUUAUUCAAAACUAUAAGAAUAAAGUUGAAAGCGAAGGAAUUGAAGCUUUGGAUACGACAUUGAGUUUUGAUGAAAGAAAUGUCUUGAAUGCUAACAUCCAGUAUUUGACAAAAUCACUCGGUCUUUGCUCAAUAGAAUUGAAGUCGGCGGUUGAAGGUGAUAAUAAAAUCAAAGAAGACUGCCUUCCAGGGAAACCGUAUUCUGUAUUUAAAGCUUGAAGAAAACAUGUUAUUGGUGGACAAUGUGUGAGACAAGUUGCAGAAUUUCUUAUAGUUAGAUAGCUUUCUAAUGGAAUUUGUUUUAAUAAAUUAACGGUUGUCCUUUCUUUGAA